AUGAGUGAACCUCAUCAAAACAUUCCUCUUUCCCAAUUAUUAUCACAAAACUCUCAAAAUACAGCCAAUUCAAGACUAACUUCUAUUCGUGGUAUACAACCUUCACAACCAAAAAUUCAAUUUGCACCGAAUAUUCGAGCAGCAGGAUUUAAGCCUGAAGUAAAUAAUGGGAAUGAAGGACGAACAAAAUUGAAAGUUAAAAAAGAACAACCAAAAAUUAAGAAAACAACAAUUACACCAACUCCACGAGUAUUCAAACCACGACCAGUUGCACAUGGAAUUGGUGGAUUAGGAAUAAAAAGAAUUAUUAUUAAACCCUGA